GCUCUGCCGCCGCCGCCGAGUCGUGUGCUUCCGCGGGCUGCGGGGGUCUCCGGACCUCGUGGCGGGCCCGCUGCGCGGGGGUUUCGGCCGCUGCCUGCCCUCCCCGUACCCUGCGCGCUGUCGCUGGGGACCCCGAGAAGGUGAACUACAGAGUGUCAUCAUGUCUGGAAUCAAGCGAACAAUCGAAGAAACUGACCCUGAUUAUGAGGAUGUAUCUGUGGCCCUUCCAAAUAAACGGCAUAAAGCAAUUGAGAAUUCAGCUCGAGAUGCUGCCGUGCAGAAGAUUGAGACUAUUAUUAAGGAACAGUUUGCUCUUGAAAUGAAGAAUAAGGAACAUGAAAUUGAAGUCAUUGACCAGCGACUGAUUGAAGCAAGAAGGAUGAUGGAUAAACUUCGUGCCUGCAUUGUAGCAAACUAUUACGCUUCUGCAGGUCUUCUAAAAGUUUCUGAGGGGUCAAAGACAUGUGAUACAAUGGUUUUUAAUCAUCCUGCUAUCAAGAAAUUUUUGGAAUCACCAUCUAGAUCCUCAUCUCCCACUAAUCAGAGAUCAGAAACACCAUCAGCCAAUCAUUCAGAAAGUGAUUCCUUAUCUCAACAUAAUGACUUCUUAUCUGACAAAGAUAAUAACAGCAAUCUGGAUAUAGAAGAAAGACUCUCAAACCACGUGGAGCAGAGACCAAGCCGAAAUCCUGGAAGGGACACGUCUAGUGCUGUCGGCUCUCAUAAAACAGAUCCACGGAAUGCUGAUCUCACGGGAGAUGAGACUUCACGGCUUUUUGUAAAGAAAACAAUAGUAGUAGGCAAUGUGUCCAAGUAUAUACCUCCAGAUAAGAGGGAAGAAAAUGACCAGUCAACACAUAAGUGGAUGGUGUAUGUCCGAGGAUCUCGUAGAGAACCCAGUAUUAAUCAUUUUGUUAAAAAAGUUUGGUUCUUCCUUCAUCCUAGCUACAAACCAAAUGACCUUGUGGAAGUUAGAGAGCCUCCUUUUCACCUGACCAGAAGAGGCUGGGGUGAGUUUCCUGUCAGAGUUCAAGUUCACUUUAAGGACAGCCAGAACAAACGGAUAGAUAUCAUACAUAAUCUAAAGCUGGACAGAACUUACACUGGCUUGCAGACAUUAGGAGCAGAAACGGUAGUGGAUGUUGAGCUCCAUCGACAUUCUCUUGGCGAAGACUACGUUUACCCUCAGUCCUCUGAAUCAGACGUCUCUGAUGCGCCCCCAUCUCUGCCUCUGACCAUUCCAGCCCCUGUGAAAGCUUCUUCACCCGUGAAGCCGUCACACGAGCCAGUCCCCGAUAGCUCCGCAGAGAAAGGAUUCCCAGCUAGCACGGAAGCUGAGAGACCCACUACGUUUUACUCUCUGCCGUCUUCUUUGGAAAGAACACCCACCAAAGUGACAACAGCCCAGAAGGUUACUUUUUGUUCUCAUGGUAAUUCAGCUUUCCAGCCAAUAGCUUCAAGCUGCAAAAUAGUGCCUCAGAGUCAGGUUCCUAAUCCCGAGUCACCUGGGAAAUCCUUCCAGCCCAUCACCAUGAGCUGCAAGAUUGUCUCAGGCUCCCCAAUUUCAACUCCAAGUCCCUCACCAUUACCUCGAACUCCAGCUUCCACUCCAGUUCAUGUAAAACAAGGCACUGCCAACUCUGUUAUUAAUAACCCUUACGUCAUCGUGGACAAGCCUGGACAACUUAUUGGAGCUGCAACUCCCAGUACAGGAAGUCCUACAAACAAGCUCUCCACAACUUCUCAAGUCUCUCAAGGGACAGGCUCCCCUAUUCCUAAAAUCCAUGGGAGUAGUUUUGUAACAUCUACUGUUAAGCAGGAGGAUUCUUUGUUUGCGUCUAUGCCACCUCUUUGCCCAAUUGGGAGUCACCCUAAGGUUCAGAGCCCUAAGCCCAUAACUGGAGGACUGGGAGCUUUCACAAAAGUGAUCAUCAAACAGGAACCCAGUGAAGCCUCUCACAUGCCCAGCACAGGAGCUGCCAGCCAGUCACCACUCCCUCAGUAUGUCACUGUCAAAGGGGGUCACAUGAUAACUGUAUCUCCUCAAAAACAAGGCAUAACCACUGGAGAAGGGGCUACCCAGUCACCAAAGAUUCAGCCCUCCAAGGUUGUUGGGGUGCCGGUCGGAUCUACUUUACCUUCAGCAGUGAAACAGGCUGUGGCCAUCAGCGGUGGCCAAAUCCUCGUGGCCAAGGCCAGCUCUUCUGUCGCCAAAGCAGUUGGUCCCAAGCAAGUUGUGACCCAAGGAGUUGCCAAAGCAAUUGUGAGCGGAGGCGGAGGAACCAUUGUUGCUCAGCCGGUGCAGACCUUAACCAAGGCUCAGGUCACUGCCGCCGGCCCUCAGAAAAGUGGAUCCCAGGGCUCAGUAAUGGCAACAUUGCAGCUGCCAGCCACUAAUUUAGCUAACCUGGCAAAUUUGCCUCCGGGCACUAAACUCUACCUUACAACAAACAGCAAGAACCCUUCUGGAAAAGGAAAGCUGCUGCUGAUCCCUCAAGGAGCCAUCCUGAGAGCCACCAACAAUGCCAACCUGCAGUCUGGCUCGGCUGCUGCCGCUACUGGUGCUGCUGGCGGAGGUGGAGGAGGUGGCGGUGGUGGUGCUGGAGGAGGAGCCACAGGAGCAGGAGGGACCCCGAGCACUGCUGGCCCUGGCGGGGUGUCCCAGCACCUGACCUACACAUCAUACAUCCUCAAGCAGACGCCCCAGGGCACAUUUUUAGUUGGCCAGCCAUCGCCUCAGACAUCUGGAAAACAACUGACUACUGGAUCAGUGGUGCAGGGGACCCUGGGAGUUAGCACAUCUUCUACACCGGGGCAGCAAACAUUAAAAGUGAUCUCUGGACAAAAAACUACUCUGUUCACACAGGCAGCUCCUGGGGGACAGGCAUCUCUCAUGAAAAUUUCGGAUGGCACCUUGAAGUCUGUGCCAGCCACCUCGCAGCUCUCUAAGCCUGGAACCACCAUGCUCCGAGUGGCAGGCGGGGUCAUCACAGCCACCGCUUCGCCAGCUGUGGCCCUUUCAGCAAAUGGUCCUGCACAGCAGUCGGAAGGAACAGCUCCAGGUCCGUCAGCCUCUAUCAGCUCUGUAAUGAAAACAUCUGGGCAGCAGCAGGUGUGUGUGAGCCAGGCCAUGGGAACCACCAAAGCCGCCACACCCAGCGUCGUCAGUACCACAUCCCUGGUGUCUACACCAAACCCCAUCUCCGGGAAGGCCACAGUAUCAGGUUUGUUAAAGAUUCACUCCAGUCAAUCCAGUCCUCAGCAGGCUGUCCUGACGAUUCCCAGCCAGCUGAAACCACUCAGUGUGAACACAUCGGGAGGCGUGCAGACUAUCCUGAUGCCUGUGAAUAAAGUGGUUCAGUCAUUUUCCACCAACAAAUCACCUACCAUUCUGCCUGUAGCUGCUCCAGCUCCAGUCAUCCCCAGCCCUGCUCCAGCAACUGUGGCAAGAGUGAAGGUGGAGCCUGAAACACCUGCGCCCAUUUGCCUCUCCCAGGAGGGCCCGACUGCCGUGACAACAGAAGACAGUUCGGAGCUGGGAAACUAUGUCAUUAAGAUCGACCAUUUGGAGACUAUCCAGCAACUCUUAACAGCAAUAGUAAAGAAGAUUCCAUUAGUCACUGCGAAAAGUGAAGACGCCAGCUGCUUUUCUGCAAAGUCGGUGGAGCAGUAUUACGGCUGGAACAUUGGGAAAAGGAGAGCUGCUGAGUGGCAAAGGGCAAUGACCAUGCGAAAAGUCUUACAAGAAAUCCUGGAAAAGAACCCAAGAUUCCACCACCUGACUCCCUUGAAAACCAAGCACAUCGCUCACUGGUGCCGCUGCCACGGCUACACCCCGCCGGACCCUGAGAGCCUCAGGCCCGACGGCGACUCCAUUGAGGACGUGCUGACCCAGAUCGACAGCGAGCCUGAGUGCCCGUCAUCGUUCUCCUCUGCCGACAACCUCUGCCGCAAGCUGGAGGACCUGCAGCAAUUUCAGAAGAGCGAACCGGACAGUGAGGAAGAAGUGGACAUCCUUACUCUCUCAGAGCCACUGAAGACAAACAUUAAAAAGGAGCAGGAGGAGAAACAGGAAGAAGUGAAGUUCUACCUGCCACCCACUCCAGGCUCUGAGUUCAUCACAGAUGUCGCACAGAAGAUCGGGGUCAUCCUGCAGCCUGUGGAGCUCCACAAGAACGUGUAUGCAUCCGUAGUGGAGGACAUGAUUUUGAAGGCCACAGAGCAGCUGGUGAGUGACAUCCUGAGGCAGGCGUUGGCAGUCGGGUACCAGACAGCAUCUCACAGCAGGAUUCCCAAAGAAGUCACGGUGAGUAAUAUUCACCAGGCCAUUUGCAACAUUCCUUUCCUGGACUUCCUCACGAACAAACACAUGGGGAUCCUGCACGAGGACCAGUGAGUGGACGCAGAGGCCUUGGCGAGGCGGGAGUGCAGCUGCCUUCAGAGCCUAGCAGCUGUAAAGGCUGCGAUCGGGAGCAGGGCUACUUGCUGUGAGCCUCAGAAUGCCAUGGCCUACAAGCUGCUGCCUCUCCCCGCUGCACCGAGACACCAGUGCCCGGUUCCAGAUGAAACCCUUUAAGGACAGAGGUUUGUUCCAGAUGCCAUAGUGGAGCUGUACACACACACUCCGUCGGCUCAUGUUGCUGAGUGUAGCAGAGGUGCCAGGUGCGCGCCACAGAGCUGGCCCGAGCUGUGUCAGGCCUUUUGUUCCUCUAGGUGUGCUCAAGGCGGCACCAGGGGCCUGCCCUGCCGAGGACUGGAGGUUACAGGCUAGAAAUGGACCCUUUCUGUAAACUGGGGUCCCGAGCAGCCCCACGGUUACCCUGAACAGAGAGGGGCUACAGCCCUCCAUGCCAUGUGUCAGCUCGGGAGGAGGCAGCGCCGUGUGGAGCCCAGGGCGCCUGGGUGGCUGCAGCCCGAGCAGCAGUCUCUUCUGAGAGCAUUAGCGCAGCCAUUGUCAGAGCACGUCACAGCCAGGAAGGGGAAGGUGUGACCAUGAGCCCUGAUGCUCUGCACACUCCUGCCAUGUCAGUAACAGCAGCCACACACCCCGGGGCUUGGCCGGAAGUGUGUGCCCAGCAGGUAACUGGCUGCACAGCACUGGCACAGUGUGCUGGGACUGUUCUUUCCGUGGAGCUAGUGGCCUGUACUUCAUCUGAUGGAGUCCUUCCUGAGAAGACAAGUGUUGAUGGAGACACCCGUGAGUGCCUUAUCUGUUGGAGAAAAGACUGUCCAAGCCCAGAGCAGGGACACAGCACUCAGACACGUGAGACCAGCUCAUGCAUUGAGCAGAGCCCUCGGUUCGGUGCCCCAGAUGCUGUCCCAGCCCCUCAGAGAUGCUCUGUGAGGAAGGUGAAGAACGAGACUCCUCCUCUGAGUGAUCUGCUCUCCGUGUAGUCCAUAAUGUUGGCGUCAGCAGGAUGAAGCAGGAGGUGACAGGCAGGAGGUGACUUCCUAACUCAGCUUCCACACAUUGCGGAGGUGAAGGUGUGUGUUCCAUGGGACGCAGAGCCCAGCCUGGCCUAGAGCCAACUAGUGCAGUGCCUCAGCUCCAGUCCUCUGCACGGGCUAGCCCAGUGAGGCUGGUGGGAGGCUCGUGGGCAGCUCGUGGGCUCUGCUGGAGACCCCGGGUGGCAGAUGUGAUCCACAAGAGGACAGACUCAUUGGUAACAGGUGUGAAAGCCUAAAGACAUUACCUUUUUGUGAAAGAACCAUUAAGUGAUUUUAAAUCUCGUGUGUUAAUAUUUCAGGUGUAUUUGUAUCAAUCUAUAACAGUUGUGUAACAAAAAUGUCUACAAUAAACCUUUUAGCAUUUGUGUGGGUCUGUAUGCCCUGGGAUCACUGUAAGGCCACACCUUGCUCUUCUGUUUGGCUGCUCAGCGCAGGGGCCAGUUGCAGGUAGAGGCUCUCACUUAGUUCUUGCAAUUAAUUCUUUCCAGAAUGGAUUACAGCCAUGCUGGAUAAAGGAUUAGUUACAUAAAUGCCUAAAAAAAAAAGACUGGAAGCUACAUGUUAGCUGUGGACGUAAUUAUUCCUGACAGGGUGGGGGAAAGAAAACUGCAUUCAAGCUUGACUACCUCAAAGCCAAGGCGAAGGGGGCAGUUCCUGUCACCCCAGCAGAGAACCAGGCUGGUGUAUCUGGCAGGGAAAAGCGGCAGUGCCGCGUGCUCCUGCACCAUGGCCCGUCUGCUGGGGCCAUCUGCUAGCCUGUGGCUGAAGUCACCGCAGCAGCAGGGCCAAGCGUCCAGGGACGCUCAGAAAACCUUGGCUUGCAAAAGGCGAGAAUUCCUGAGGCCGCUGUGCCCCCACAAUGCACAAAGGGCAUGAGGAGGAAAGGAGCCAGACCCAGGUGCCCAUGCCAGGCGCUCUGGAGCGGCAGCAUGGGGCCUGGACAGGGCUGCCACGAGGCCUCUGGAUUGCUGAAUGAAGACCCUGUGUGAGAGGCAUCAGCAGGCAGCUCCGGUCCUCUUGAGCCCACAGAGCAGCAAAGUUCUCCCAUUGGCCAGAGGUGGACUGCAGGGCCUGGGGAAGGCCUGGCAUGGUGUGCUGCCAAGCAUACAGGUGGGACAUUGGUCUCUGACCAUGACUCCCUUGGCCUGUGGAAGGACCCUGGCGGCCCAAGGCUGGUUGAGGGCGUACUGUAAGCUGGGGUCCUGGGCAGCCCCUUGGUUACAUGACCCUCACAGGCCCCUCCAAGGCUGGUUGAGGGCACUACUGCAGCAGUGACUUUGGUUAUGAAA